UCACGUUGGGAGGCUGAACGGAAAGGGAAGAAAACGCCACCACAGAGCACAGGUGAUAGACCGAGCCGUCGGUGGCAGCCUUUCGUGAUGGGAAACAUGGGAAAACUGCAAGAAUUUGACAUCACUUUUAAGGACAAUAAAGUUGUUUAUAGUCCUGGAGAUGCCGUUUCAGGCACGCUGAAAAUUACAACCGCCCAAGCUCUACUAUUUAAAGAUAUCAAGGUGAAUUGCCAAGGCUUCUGUGGUGUCACCAGCAAGAUCGGCGACACAGACUGGACAGUGGAAGAGCAGUACUUCAGCAGCACUCUCUCUGUGGCAGAUAAAGGAACCCUGAAACAGGGAGAUCACAUUUUUCCAUUCAAGUUUCUCAUUCCAGCCUCUAUUCCCACAUCCUUUGAAGGGAACUAUGGAAAAAUUAUGUACAGAGUGAGGGCUUUCAUCGACACUUCUCGCUUCUCUAAGGACUAUAAGACUGAGAAGCCUUUCUACCUGCUGAGUCUCCUCAACCUCAACGACGUGCCUGACAUCCAUGGACCUAGUUCAUCUUCCGUUACUAAGACGUUCACCUACCUGCUGGGGGCGAAGACAGGAACGGUGGUGCUAAAGGCCCAGAGUGACAUGAAGGGCUACACCCCUGGUCAGGUCAUCAAACUGACCACAGAGAUCGACAACCGGUCUGGGAAAACCACAGGGACUGUGGUGGCCCGUCUCAUUCAGAAAGUGACUUACCAGACGAAGAAGCCUACCAUUGACUUGAGGACUUUAGUGCAGGUGGAAGGUACUGGGGUGAAGGCUGACAAACAAGCUGAGUGGAAGGAGCAGAUUAUUGUACCUCCUCUGCGCCAGUCAUCUAUGGCUGACUGUGGCCUAAUAAACAUGGAAUACUUUAUUCAAAUCUCUCUGAAAUCUCCUGUGGUGUCAUUUUUGUUGCCCAUCCACAUUGGAAACAUCUCAGUGGACACCAUGUCAGCACAGCUCUCCAGACCACCUCCCCAAACCCCUGAUCCUCUUUACUCCUCUGCCAAGCCUGCCAAGCUAGAACACAGCAGCCGCUAUGAGCCAUCCUCCCAUAACCAAGGACCUCGUACUACUGCCCCUCGCCCUGCCCGCCGCCCAGCCCCAAAACCUGUUCCCAGGAUGAGAGUCUCUACUUCUUCCCCCAGUGCCCCUCCAGCUGAGAUGGACUAUCUGGCCAACUCCAUGCCCACCCUCUACCCACUACUACCGCCAGAGUACAGCACCUCCACACUCCCACAUGAAGCUCCUCCCAGCUACGUCGAGAGCUGUAUCAGCAACACAUAAACAUCAUGAAACAGGAGAGACUGACUGCUGGCAACUGUACACUGAACAUUACAAUCAACCUCUCUACUAGAGGAUCAUGAUGCCAGGCAGCCCUCAAGUUAAUUAGUAUUGGUUAAGCAGCACCUUUUUACUGAUUGUUUUCACACAAUUUUAGCACUUUCAGGACAGUAAUACGUUUUUACAUAAACCAUUUUUAUAGCUGGAGCCAAGUUUUUAAAGUUAAGUCGGUGUCAUAUAGGAUUAGUUUAGGGGUCUUCCGUGUGGUGUAGCAGUCUAAGGCACUGCAUCGCAGUGCUUAAGGGCUUCACUAAAGACCGGGUUCGAUCCCAGGCUGUGUCACAACCGGCUUUACUUGGCACUAGCAACUCCUUGUGGCGGGCCGGGCGCCUGCAGGCUGACUUCGGUUGUCAGUUGAACAGUGUUUCCUCUGACACAUUGUUGCAGCUGGCUUCCGGGUUAAGCGGGCAGAUGUUAAGGUGCGUGGUUUGGCGGGUCAUGUUUCGGAGGACGCAAUGACUCGAACAUCGCCUCUCCUGAGCCCGUUGCAGCGAUGAGACAAGAUCGUAAUUGAAAUUGGGUGAAAAGGGGGGUGAAACACAACAACAUUCUUUACAGUAUAUAUUUUUUUCCUUGAGAAUAUGUUGAAAUUGCAUGUGUGAUGCUUGAAAUGUGAAGAACAGAGAUUUUAGUAUUGUAUGUUUGAAAGUUGACUUGUGGAACUUGUCCUGCUGAUAUGUUUAGAUAUUGUAUCCAACACACCUAGCUUAGUGGAUGCUCCCAUAAUGCUAUGGUUUGUUCUCUCUGUCUGAAAACACAGAUUAAUCUUAUAAGGUGCACACUGAGAUUGAUGGUUUGACUGUGUAAGAUUCUUAGUUUGCUAUAUAAUAGUUAUAGUCAGAUUGUAGGAUGUAUAGUGUUGUUUAAAAUCAAGCUAGCUGCGCAUAGCGCUGUUGCCUUCAUUUGGCUAUGAAAUCAACUGUGGUAUAUUAUGUGAUCUAGCAUUUGCCAUGGGAUAUCCUGUAUAUGAUUUACACCAGCAAGCAGCUUUUCAACAGCAAGAUUGUAUUUGAGAUUUAUUUAAAGGUCCCAAACCAGAUCAAAGUAAGACUACCAAAGUGUGAAAAAUAACAGUUGCUUCUACAUUGAUAGUUUGAUCAUAACUGGUCCCCUCCCCCAUGCCAAACAUGAGGUGGGAGGUGGGACGUCACAAAGGUCACUUGUCUUGAUAUCACAAAAGCCUAAUUUUAAUACAACAAUGGUUAUUCUCUUACCUAAUUUAAAGGGUUUUGGUUUACCUAGCUAGGUUGCUAGUCUACUGGUGCCAUAAUUUGACUGCAUUGUGACAGCAACUGCAAUUUGAGGUUUCCCCUAUUGAUCUAAAUCAAAUAUACUUAUAGGUUUCCGCUUUCAUCUGUGUGUUGUGUUAGCAAGCAACUGGCUAGCUAGGUCUUCAGUCAGCAUGUAACUAAAGCGUGGGAAGGGUUGCCCAAAACUCAGAUCCAGUUGUCAUGUCAUUACAUCAAGAUAUAUGCCAAACGGAACAUUCAUACAAACGUCUUGACAUCAUUGAUAGUCAUGAUAUAUGAACAUUGACUGACAGAACAUUGUCUGAUAUAUAUAUAUAUAUAUAUAUAUAUAUAUAUAAUGAGAAGUACCCAGACCUCACCCUGUUAAGUAAAUUUCUACUAAAAUUGCCAAGAUGAACUAGCUAGCUAGUGAUAAACAGUGCUGACAAUUCCAUUUAGGCUAGCUCACUAAAUUAUACAGCAAACAUUUUGUCUGAUGCUGUUACAGUAAAUUGGAUUAACAAAUAAUUUGUGAAACCAUGAUGUGGUGUAUGACAGGAUUGGAUGUUGCAUGCAAUUUCAAUGUUUGAGUUGCUUUGUGUAUCAGCAUAUUAGCUUGAGAUAAUGUCACUGCAAACACUGCUCACAGCAUUUAAGAUGCUCACUGCUUUCAUGUCUUUUUCAAAGAACCGCCAGUCAAGGUGAGCUCCCCGCCUAUUCAGUUUGUCUUUUCAGACUUCCUGUUAGUUUGACAUGAGAGAAAGUACUUUGCUUUUUUUUUAAUCACAAAAAAAAUAUUAUGGGUGAUCGUUUAGUAACUCAAAAGGCUAUUUUACAUGGGAAUCAGAAUGACUGUUCGGGUCAUUUUGAGACAACCCCCUGUAUGCUGUUGUUUUAAGAUGUGAAACUGAACACCAUACUGUAAAUCCUACUCUAUAGAUACCUCUGGUGGCUGAUAAAUGAAUGUCAAUGGCAUGCUUUACUCAUUAUUUUACACUGCUCAAUGCAUACCAGUGGAGGCUAUUGAGGGGAGGACGUCUCAUAAUAAUGGCUGGAACAGAGCCAGUAAUGGAGCUCCAUCCAUUACUGUGAGUCCGUCCUCCCCCAAUUAAGGUUGCACCAACCUCCUGUGAUCCAUACACUGUUUUAUGUGAUGUGUUUUUAUUUAUACUUUUCACAACUGUCUUAUAAACAAUUCACUAUUCUGUAUCCAAAUAAUUGUGUAUGCAUAGGAAAAACAGUGCCUUGAUGCACAACCUAAUAAAGUUGUUGUUUUUCACCA